CGGCGCGCGCAGGGCCCGGCCGAGCCCCAUCGUAGCGCCCGCCGGGCACCCGGCCUGGUGACGCAGGAAAAACGCCCCGCCGGAGCGGCCCCGCCGUCUGAAGCGCCGAGGGCAGCGACACCCGCUUCCAUUCUCCCUUCCACCGCCGGCGCCCGCCCGCGAAGGACGAAGGAGGAGGGUUAGCCGGGGCACGGAGCCGCCCCCUCUCCGCGCCGGCUGCACCGCGGGGCCUGGCAUGGGACCGAGCCCCGCCGGCGGCCGGGGAUGAGGCAGCGCCCGGCAGGGCACAGCGCCGCGGGACCGGGGGCAGCCGUGCGGGGGUUAUGCAAUGGUCUCUGCAAGAUGUCAUGUUCUUGAGUUGGAGCUUUUUAAGGCGAGCAUAUGCUGGUACUUUAUUAAGCGGACUAUAAUUUCUUCUCUCACAACAACUACAUAAGCAGACAAAAUUGCAAAGAUCUGCCCUGUGUCGAGUAUGACAGCCACGACUCGUGGCUCUCCUGUAGGAGGGAAUGACAGCCAGGGCCAGGCUCCUGAUGGACAGUCCCAGCCUCCCCUCCAGCAGAAUCAGACUUCUUCACCUGAUUCUUCCAAUGAGAACUCCCCAGCUACCCCACCUGAUGAGCAGGCCCAAGGAGAUGCUCCACCCCAGCUUGAAGAUGAGGAGCCUGCGUUUCCACACACAGACCUGGCAAAGUUGGAUGACAUGAUCAACAGGCCUCGAUGGGUCGUUCCUGUGUUGCCGAAAGGGGAAUUAGAAGUUCUUCUAGAAGCUGCUAUUGACUUAAGUAAAAAAGGCCUUGAUGUCAAAAGUGAAGCAUGCCAGCGAUUUUUUCGAGAUGGGUUAACAAUAUCUUUCACAAAGAUCCUUACAGAUGAGGCAGUUAGCGGCUGGAAGUUUGAGAUUCACAGAUGUAUUAUUAACAACACUCAUCGACUAGUGGAACUCUGUGUGGCCAAGCUGUCCCAAGACUGGUUUCCCCUUCUUGAACUUCUUGCCAUGGCCUUAAAUCCUCACUGCAAAUUCCAUCUAUACAAUGGUACUCGUCCCUCAGAAACAGUUCCUGCAGGAGUCCAGCUCGCUGAAGAUGAACUUUAUGCCCGUCCUCCUGACCCACGAUCACCAAAGGGUUGGCUAGUAGAUCUUAUCAACAAGUUUGGCACAUUAAAUGGAUUUCAGAUCUUGCAUGAUCGCUUCAUGAGUGGAUCGGCAUUGAAUGUUCAGAUAAUUGCAGCUCUCAUCAAGCCAUUUGGACAAUGUUACGAGUUCCUAACAUUACAUACAGUGAAGAAAUAUUUCCUUCCAAUUAUAGAAAUGGUUCCACAAUUUUUAGAAAAUUUAACAGAUGAUGAACUGAAAAAAGAAGCAAAGAAUGAAGCCAAAAAUGAUGCUUUGUCAAUGAUAAUCAAAUCUCUAAAGAACUUAGCUUCAAGAGUUCCAGGACAAGAAGAAACUGUAAAAAACUUAGAAAUAUUUAGGUUAAAAAUGAUACUUAGGUUGUUACAAAUUUCGUCUUUCAAUGGUAAAAUGAAUGCACUAAAUGAAGUUAACAAAGUAAUAUCCAGCGUGUCAUAUUAUACUCAUCGGCAUGGUAAUCCUGAAGAGGAAGAAUGGCUUACAGCUGAAAGAAUGGCAGAAUGGAUCCAGCAGAAUAAUAUUUUAUCAAUUGUGUUGAGAGAUAGUCUUCAUCAACCUCAAUAUGUAGAGAAGUUAGAGAAAAUUCUUCGUUUUGUCAUCAAAGAGAAAGCUCUCACUUUGCAGGAUCUCGACAACAUUUGGGCUGCACAGGCAGGAAAACAUGAAGCAAUUGUAAAAAAUGUACAUGAUCUCCUUGCAAAAUUAGCUUGGGAUUUCUCUCCUGAACAGCUUGAUCAUCUGUUUGAUUGUUUUAAGGCAAGUUGGACAAAUGCAAGCAAGAAACAGCGUGAGAAACUACUUGAGUUAAUUCGUCGUCUUGCAGAAGAUGAUAAGGACGGUGUGAUGGCACACAAAGUGCUGAACCUCUUGUGGAAUUUGGCUCAUAGUGAUGAUGUUCCAGUUGAUAUCAUGGACCAGGCCCUUAGUGCCCAUAUUAAAAUCUUAGAUUACAGCUGUUCACAGGAUCGAGAUACACAAAAGGUCCAGUGGAUAGAUCGUUUUAUAGAAGAGCUUCGCACAAAUGAUAAAUGGGUCAUUCCUGCGCUGAAACAAAUUAGAGAAAUUUGCAGUUUGUUUGGUGAAGCGCCACAAAACUUGAGUCAAACUCAGCGAAGUCCCCAUGUGUUUUACCGACAUGACUUAAUCAAUCAGCUUCAGCACAAUCAUGCCCUAGUCACAUUGGUUGCAGAAAAUCUCUCUGCCUAUAUGGAAAGCAUGAGACAGUAUGCUAAAGAGCAUGGGGAAUAUGAUCCUCAAACUGUAAGACCAGGAAGCAGAUAUAGUCAUGUGCAGGAAGUACAAGAGCGACUUAAUUUCUUACGAUUUUUAUUGAAGGAUGGUCAGCUGUGGCUCUGUGCCCCUCAGGCGAAGCAAAUAUGGAAGUGUUUAGCUGAAAAUGCGGUUUAUCUUUGUGAUCGCGAAGCCUGUUUUAAAUGGUAUUCCAAACUAAUGGGGGAUGAACCAGACUUAGACCCUGACAUUAAUAAGGACUUCUUUGAAAAUAAUGUGCUUCAGCUGGAUCCUUCCCUAUUAACAGAAAAUGGAAUGAAAUGUUUUGAACGUUUCUUCAAAGCUGUGAACUGUCGAGAAGGAAAGCUAGUAGCAAAGAGACGAGCCUAUAUGAUGGAUGAUCUGGAAUUAAUAGGAUUAGACUACCUUUGGAGGGUUGUGAUUCAGGGAAAUGAUGACAUCGCGAAUAGAGCAAUAGAUCUUCUUAAAGAGAUCUAUACUAAUCUUGGCCCAAGAUUACAAGUUAAUCAGGUAGUGAUUCAUGAAGACUUCAUUCAGUCCUGUUUUGAUCGUCUGAAAGCCUCCUAUGAUACAUUGUGUGUGUUGGAUGGGGAUAAAGACAGUAUCAAUUGUGCAAGGCAAGAAGCAAUACGAAUGGUGAGAGUGCUGACUGUUUUAAGAGAGUACAUAAAUGAAUGUGACAGUGAUUACCAUGAAGAGAGAACUAUUCUACCUAUGUCAAGAGCUUUCCGUGGUAAACAUAUCACACUGGUAGUUCGUUUUCCAAACCAAGGCCGACAAGUGGAAGAUUUGGAUAUUUGGUCUCAUACAAAUGACACAAUUGGCCAAGUACGACGUUGUAUUCUCAAUCGUAUUAAAGCCAAUAGUGCGCACACAAAAGUAGAACUCUUCAUUGGUGGUGAGCUGGUGGACCCUGCAGACGAUAGAAAAUUAAUAGGGCAGUUGAAUCUCAAAGAUAAAACGCUAAUUACGGCUAAGCUUACACAGAUAAAUUCUAAUAUGCCCUCAAGCCCAGAUAGUUCUUCUGACUCUUCAACUGGUUCUCCGGGCAACCAUGGCAAUCACUACAGUGAUGGUCCAAAUCCAGAAGUUGAAAGCUGUUUGCCUGGAGUGAUCAUGUCACUGCAUCCUCGAUACAUCUCUUUUCUUUGGCAAGUUGCAGACUUGGGCAGUAGCCUAAAUAUGCCACCUCUUAGAGAUGGAGCACGUGUUCUUAUGAAGCUCAUGCCACCAGAUAACACUACGGUUGAGAAACUAAGAGCUAUAUGUUUAGAUCAUGCAAAGCUUGGGGAAAGCAGCCUUAGUCCAUCCCUAGAUUCUCUAUUCUUUGGUCCUUCUGCCUCACAAGUGCUGUAUCUAACAGAGGUAGUUUAUGCCUUGCUAAUGCCUGCCAGUGUACCUCUGGGAGAAGAUGCCAGCGACUUCCAAUAUAACUUCUUAAAAAGUGGUGGUUUGCCUCUUGUAUUGAGCAUGCUGACUAGAAAUAACUUCCUGCCAAAUGCAGAUAUGGAAACUCGAAGGGGUGCCUACCUUAAUGCUCUAAAAAUAGCCAAAUUAUUGCUAACAGCAAUUGGAUAUGGCCAUGUUCGAGCUGUGGCAGAAGCUUGUCAGCCAGUUGUGGAAGGCACAAGUACAAUUUCACCGAUAAACCAGGCUACGCAUGACCAGGCAGUGGUGCUACAAAAUGCCCUACAAAACAUUCCUAAUCCGACUUCAGAAUGCAUGCUCAGAAAUGUAGCAAUUCGUCUUGCACAGCAAAUAUCUGAUGAGGCUUCAAAAUACAUCCCUGAUAUCUGCGUUAUUAGGGCAGUACAAAAAAUUGUUUGGGCAUCAGGUUGUGGGUCAGUUCAGCUGGUUUUCAGCUCAAAUGAGGAAAUUAGUAAAAUCUAUGAAAAGACAAAUGCAGGAAAUGAACCAGACAUGGAAGAUGAACAAGUUUGCUGUGAAGCAUUGGAGGUGAUGACCCUGUGUUUUGCAUUGAUUCCAACAGCACUGGAUGCACUCAGUAAAGAAAAGGCGUGGCAGACAUUUAUCAUUGAUUUGCUAUUGCACUGUCACAGCAAAACUGUUCGUCAGAUGGCACAGGAGCAAUUCUUUUUAAUGGCUACCAGGUGUUGCAUGGGACAGAGGCCUCUCCUGUUCUUCAUUACCCUGCUGUUCACAGUUCUAGGGAGUACUGCAAGAGAGAGAGCUAAGCAUUCUGGAGACUACUUCACUCUCUUACGACAUCUUCUUAACUAUGCUUACAACAGUAACAUCAAUGUACCCAAUGCUGAAGUUCUUCUCAAUAAUGAAAUUGACUGGCUUAAAAGGAUUAGGGAUGAAGUAAAAAGGACAGGGGAAACAGGUGUGGAAGAAACUAUCUUAGAAGGUCACCUUGGAGUAACAAAAGAGUUGUUAGCAUUCCAGACACCUGAGAAGAAAUACCAUAUUGGUUGUGAAAAAGGAGGUGCUAAUCUCAUUAAAGAGUUGAUAGAUGAUUUCAUCUUUCCAGCAUCCAAUGUUUAUCUACAAUACAUGAGAAACGGAGAAUUGCCUGCUGAGCAGGCCAUACCAGUCUGUAGUUCACCUGCUACUAUUAAUGCUGGCUUUGAGCUACUAGUUGCACUAGCAGUUGGAUGUGUCCGAAAUCUCAAACAGAUAGUAGACACCUUGACUGAAAUGUAUUACAUAGGUACAGCAAUCACUACUUGUGAAGCGCUUACAGAAUGGGAAUAUCUACCACCUGUUGGACCUCGACCACCAAAGGGAUUUGUAGGACUGAAAAAUGCUGGUGCCACUUGUUAUAUGAAUUCUGUCAUUCAGCAGCUGUACAUGAUUCCAGCCAUCAGGAAUGGGAUUCUUGCAAUUGAAGGCACAGGCAGUGAUGUAGAUGAUGACAUGUCUGGGGAUGAAAAGCAGGACAAUGAGAGUAAUGUUGACCCACGAGAUGAUGUGUUUGGUUAUCCACAUCAGUAUGAAGACAAACCAGCACUGAGUAAAACAGAAGAUAGAAAAGAGUACAAUAUUGGAGUCCUGAGGCAUCUCCAAGUAAUUUUUGGUCAUUUAGCAGCUUCCAGGCUACAGUAUUACGUACCAAGAGGGUUUUGGAAACAAUUUAGACUUUGGGGUGAACCUGUAAAUCUACGUGAACAACAUGAUGCUUUAGAAUUUUUUAAUUCCCUGGUGGACAGUUUAGAUGAAGCUUUAAAAGCUCUGGGCCAUCCAGCUAUGUUAAGUAAAGUUUUAGGAGGGUCCUUUGCUGAUCAGAAGAUUUGUCAAGGAUGCCCACAUCGGUAUGAAUGUGAGGAAUCCUUCACAACUCUGAAUGUAGAUAUAAGAAAUCACCAAAACCUUCUUGAUUCUUUGGAACAGUACGUCAAAGGGGAUUUAUUGGAAGGUGCAAAUGCAUAUCAUUGUGAAAAAUGCAACAAAAAGGUUGACACCGUUAAACGCUUGUUGAUUAAGAAGUUGCCUCCAGUUCUUGCAAUCCAGUUGAAACGAUUUGAUUAUGACUGGGAAAGGGAAUGUGCAAUCAAGUUCAAUGAUUAUUUUGAAUUUCCACGAGAGCUGGACAUGGAGCCUUACACAGUGGCAGGCGUAGCUAAGUUGGAAGGAGAUGAUGUCAAUCCCGAAAAUCAGAUAAUACAAAAUGAACAGUCAGAAAAUGAACACUCUGGGAGCACGAAAUACCGGCUUGUCGGUGUACUUGUACACAGUGGCCAGGCCAGUGGUGGACAUUAUUACUCUUACAUUAUCCAGAGAAAUGGUGGAGAUGGAGAGAAAAAUCGAUGGUAUAAAUUUGAUGAUGGAGAUGUGACAGAGUGUAAAAUGGAUGAUGAUGAAGAAAUGAAAAACCAGUGUUUUGGUGGAGAGUACAUGGGAGAAGUUUUCGAUCACAUGAUGAAGCGUAUGUCCUACAGACGCCAGAAGAGGUGGUGGAACGCUUAUAUUCUUUUUUAUGAACGUAUGGACACGAUAGACAAAGACAAUGAACUAAUAAAAUAUAUUUCAGAACUUGCUAUCACCACUAAACCCCAUCAGAUUAAAAUGCCAUCAGCAAUUGAACGAAGUGUACGGAAGCAGAAUGUGCAGUUCAUGCAUAAUCGUAUGCAGUACAGCCUAGAAUACUUCCAGUUCAUAAAGAAGUUGCUUACUUGUAAUAGUGUCUACUUAAAUCCUCCUCCAGGACAAGAUCAUCUGUUGCCUGAAGCAGAAGAAAUAACUAUGAUUAGUAUUCAGCUUGCUGCUAGAUUUCUCUUCACCACAGGAUUUCAUACAAAGAAAAUAGUCCGUGGUCCUGCUAGCGAUUGGUAUGAUGCAUUAUGCAUCCUCCUUCGUCACAGCAAGAAUGUACGCUUUUGGUUUGCACACAAUGUCCUUUUUAAUGUUUCAAACCGCUUCUCUGAGUAUCUUUUGGAAUGCCCUAGUGCUGAAGUGAGGGGUGCAUUUGCAAAACUUAUAGUAUUUAUUGCACAUUUUUCAUUGCAAGACGGACCAUGUCCUUCACCUUUUGCCUCUCCUGGACCUUCCAGUCAGGCUUAUGAUAACUUAAGUUUAAGUGAUCAUUUACUGAGAGCGGUACUAAAUCUUCUGAGAAGAGAAGUGUCUGAACAUGGGCGCCAUUUGCAGCAGUAUUUCAAUCUGUUUGUGAUGUAUGCCAAUCUCGGUGUAGCAGAGAAGACACAACUUCUGAAACUAAAUGUUCCUGCAACCUUCAUGCUUGUGGCUCUGGAUGAAGGUCCGGGUCCUCCAAUUAAAUACCAGUAUGCUGAACUGGGGAAGCUGUACACCGUUGUGUCACAACUGAUCCGCUGUUGCAAUGUGUCAUCACGGAUGCAGUCUUCUAUCAAUGGUAAUCCCCCACUUGCCAACCCUUACGGUGAUCCUAAUAUAUCACAGCCUAUAAUGGCACUUCAGCAGAACGUAGCAGACAUUUUGUUUGUGAGGACUAGUUACGUGAAGAAAAUUAUUGAAGAUUGCAGCAACUCUGAAGAGACCAUCAAGCUGCUUCGUUUCUGCUGUUGGGAGAAUCCUCAGUUCUCUUCCACUGUCCUCAGUGAACUACUUUGGCAGGUUGCAUAUUCAUAUACUUACGAGCUUCGACCAUAUUUGGAUCUGCUUCUGCAAAUCCUAUUAAUUGAAGACUCCUGGCAAACUCACAGGAUUCACAAUGCACUUAAAGGAAUCCCGGAUGACAGGGAUGGAUUGUUUGACACCAUUCAGCGCUCUAAGAAUCACUAUCAGAAAAGAGCUUACCAAUGUAUAAAGUGCAUGGUGGCUCUCUUCAGCAACUGUCCUGUAGCCUACCAGAUCCUUCAGAGCAAUGGAGAUUUGAAGAGAAAAUGGACCUGGGCAGUAGAAUGGCUUGGAGAUGAGCUUGAGCGUAGACCAUACACUGGCAAUCCCCAAUACACCUAUAACAAUUGGUCUCCACCAAUACAAAGCAAUGAGACAUCAAAUGGCUACUUCCUAGAGAGAUCACACAGUGCUAGAAUGACUCUUGCAAAAGCUUGUGAACUCUGCCCAGAGGAGGAACCAGAUGAUCCCGAUGCCCCAGAUGAACAUGAGUCUUCUCCACCUGAAGAUGCCCCUCUGUAUCCCCAUUCACCUGGUUCCCAGUAUCAACAGAAUAACCACGUGCAUGGACAGCCAUAUACAGGCCCGGCAGCACAUCAUAUGAACAACCCUCAGCGAACUGGCCAACGAGCACAAGAAAAUUAUGAAGGCAGUGAAGAAGUUUCCCCACCUCAAACAAAAGAUUAGUGAAAUGCACAUAAUCAAUUAACUUGCUCCAUCAAGACUGUGCACCCAGGCCUUACAGUCCAACCUUUCUCUGUGUCUGGCUAAUAUUUAAAACUAGAAAAACUAUUCCUAAUCAACAUGGAGUGGAGAGUCUAUUCACUGUCUUAUCUGCAGAAAAUUGCUGUCAAUAUAUAACCCGCCUGCAGUGGAAAGUGUAUAGUGUUUUGUAAUAAAUGGCCUGAUGCUAAUGUGUAAAUGGCAAAGGUGUAUAUAGUAUAUUAAUGUUUGACUGUUAAUUCUUGAGCAAGAAACAUUUUUUUGUCUUGAUGAGACUCACAGAUCUACAAAAACAAAAAAAUAAUUUCUUGAUAUAUCUGCUGCGCUCUGCAACCAGUGUUGCCUGCCUCAUGGCAGUCGGAUCAACUCCUUUACAACAAAGCCUAUCCAUGUCAACCACAAAAAUAGUUUCAUGUUAAUUCUUUGCCACUGGAGUCGAUUUUACUAUGAGCAACGUAAUGGCUGGUAACCUUUUAAUUAUUUGGUUGAUGUGGAAAAUUGGUGAUGUAACAUUGUUUCUAGAUCUUUUUUCAUUGCCUUUUUCAUUCUGGUAUUAGGUUAAUCACUUUGAAGCUAUAGUUAUGCUGUAACAUUUAGCAUGGCUUCACACCAAGUUAGUGUAGCCAACGAGGGGGGGAAAUACUGUGACAGCAGUUGUCCCAAUGUGACAACUGUAUUGCUCAGAAUUUUUUCUUCUUACACAAGACUAUAAAAUGGGGAGGGAAAAUGUGACAAACAAAUGGGUUUCAGUUUCACAUAUGUUCCUCACAUCUGAUGUUUGACAGUUCUAUCUCUGGGUGGGAUAAAAAACACUUAGUUUUCAGUAAUAGGAAUUUAAAAGAUUUAAAACAAAUAUGCAAAAAUUUGCUAUGCCAGGAUGCCUGGAGCAUAAUAGACUGUAUUUGGUGUGCUUGUUUUGUUUCUUUGGUAGAGCUUAUUAGAUAAACUUCUAACACUUUCCUUCUACUGCAUCCCAGUGAAGUGGAAGUCAUUAAAAUCACACAGUACUUGUGAGUGCCACUGCACCAAGUUAACUUGCUGGUUUUCUGCUCGUUCACAGUUCUACUUGAAAGCGAGAAUUGUCUUAGCUCUUUAUCCAUUAUACAGGAAAUCUUAACAUUAGAGGCAGGGUUUAAUUAUAAAAGAAACUACUGGUUAGUCAAAUACAAUUCUGAGGUAUCUCUAUUCCAGAAUAAACAUUUGUUUGAAGACUUCAAGAAACGCAUCAGUAAAUACUGUAUUUAAAUGAAAAUUGGUAACUUGAAUGUGUGUAAUUUUUUUUUUUGGAACCUGUCUAAAAACCAAAUACCCCUGCAAAACAGAUACAGCCCACCCUAUACUAUUUAAAUAUUUUGCUGUUUUAUUUUAUAGAAAUUAUUUUGCUGAAUUCACAAAUAGAAUUUGAUUUAAGAAGAAUGUUUUGUCCUGUGGUGUGUGUUGUUUUUUGGGUUUUUUUUUAAAUGGACCGCACAGAAAGGUGAAUUCUGUGCAGCGGCAUUAUGCUGAAUUCUGGAACAACAGUCCUUGAGAUUCUGUGCACAAAAAAAUUUGGCCCUUAAGAAUAAAAUAAUCGGGACAAUUACACUGUAAAAGUUUCUUAAUGUGAUUUAUCUUGUACUUUUUGUAUGUUUUUAUAUAUACAUAUAUAUAUUUAAUGAGCACAAGCUUGAUGGUGUUUUUUACAAAUGAGUUGAUAGAAACAAAGCUGCUGCUUGUCAAAUUAAAGGUCUGUAGUUUUGAAAUGAACAAGGGAAAACUCAGUCACAAGUGCAUUCCGAUGCACUUAGCAUAGUAAGGAAGAGACAAGAUUUUUGAAUAUGUGAUGAUCAUUUUUAUGCUUCCAUGUUUUCCCUAGUGCUCAAGUUAAUUCAGAUUUUUUCAUAGUUUUUUAGUAAUACCAUUUUACCUGGACUUUAGUAAAUUUGAGUAAAGCGUUCCCAUUUAUGUUUGGGAAUGCUUGUAAGUUUUAACUCAAAAAUUCUUCCCUGAGUACUCAAGUUGAAAUAGUUGCUAUUUAUUUGGACCAGUAAUUCCUAAACAAGCUAUCUCGGAGGCGAUUGUUAUAUAUUUUUUACUAUGUUGGUAAAAUAUAUAAUGUGCUAGUUCAGCCUUGCCAAAUGUGUUUGCUUUCGAUAGUGCAGUGAUUGUAGAGACAUGUCAAACCUGUGACACUUUAAGGCUGUGACUCUCUUCAGUCAUACACUCCUCUACCCCCAAACUGAGAGCGACUGCAGUGGCAGUUGUUUUUCAGGUGGCAAAUUGAAAAUACUGUGUGUCUUUGUGACUUUGAAGGAGGACAGCCUGCUUUGCUUGUUGCAGCUGCUGCUUUUAAACAGACAGCCGCAGUGAAAGGUGCAAUGUUUUCUUCGCUCUGGGCAGGCAAAACAAUUUUGAGCUGUAUUUAACAAAUAAUUGUACAAGCAAAAAGUUCCAUAGGCAUGCUACUGUCACAGCAUUUUGGCAGCAGUGUCAUGUUCAGGCGAUACGUGGUACCUCAUUGUUGAUGGCACACUUUAAAAUAGCAGUCCUCAAAGUGCCUAAAGAUUUCAUUCCCUCAUCACUAAUUUCAGUCCUGUUUUCUGUUUAGAACAGUUACUAGGGAAUCUCUGGUCUUCCCUAAAAUGAGACAAUAAAUAGUAAAGUAAUUGCUUAUAUUCCUGACAAUGUAACAUCAAAUACAUAGAAGCUGAAAAUUCAUAGGUGAUGUUAUAUGGUGGGUAAUGUGUAGUGUGACCUGGGAGGGAAUCCAUAACCUUACUACACAGCAUUUAUUCCUCAUACGUUUAGAUUGUGGUGAGUUUAGUGACUAAAAUAAGCUUUUAACACUUGCUCCUGUUAGUGUUAAAAGAUCAGUACAGCAGUAUACAAAAGGAAAUAGCUUACGAUUUGUGUAUCAGUAAAUGUACUGGUUUUCAGUUGCAAACUUGGUCUCCUAGAGCUGUGUUAUCCCAUUGACAACAAUGAGAUUGCACAGGGUUCCAUCCAAGCUUGUUUGCCCUGCAGAACCCAAUACGGUAGUGAUUCACAAGCAGAAAAUACAUUUUCGGAUUGUUUUCCCUGCUAGCUUAACCAGCUCUGAAAACAUAACUUCUCUGUUUCUAAAGCUGGUGUGUCUUGCUGAAAUUGAGACAGAAAGAAAUGAAAUUCUACAAUAACAUCUCAAUUUUUUUUUCCAGAGUGAGUGAAACUUCACUGUAGACAACAGGAGAAAAUUUGGUUUAGCUAAUUGCUGUUAUGCCUUCUCAGCCACUUUUUUUGUGCCUAGCUUGUGCAUUUUAGCACAUGUAUGAUCAAAAAGCACUUAGGGUUCCAAAAUUUUCUAUACAUUUCCUGAGUUCUAGGGGAGAACAAGAUUAGCCAUUCUGCCAAAGUUAAAAUGCGCAAAAAUUGGCUGCUGUAGCAAUUUACUUCAUUUUUGGUUUCAAUAAAUUUUGUCUACCUCUGAUUCUUUUGCCAGAAGUGAAUAGGCUGAUAAGUCAAAGCAAAGUAGCUCAACGUUUUUGUUGGCAUGUGUUUCAGUUUCAGGCACUGCAGUAAGACUUUUGAGUGCAAUGACUUUAACUUCAGAUGAAAGUUACAGACUGGCUGUAUCAGUAAGAGGAAGAAGUGGCAUGUUAGGAAGAUCUGCAGUGUGCCCAGUUAAGUGUUUUAAUAUCUUUGUUCAACAUUCGUAGUCCACACUUGCAAAUCCACAUUGAAAGCACGUUUGCCCCUGUGGUGAAAGACAGCUUAAUUUUUGGGAGAGUGAGAUGCUGAUGCCAACCUCGUAUUUCUUAAGACGGGUGUGGGAGUUUCCCACUUGUGGCCCUGCUCCAGCACAAUGUAAUCAGGACAACAGUAAUUUUGGCUCCCUGUCUUACUUCCUGUGCUCUCCAUUAUGUUCACAAUAUUCUUCUCACAGCCACGAGGUCUUGGGGAAUAAAGUCUUAAACCUGCCCCCUACCUAGAGUAAAAAUACAGAGGCUUUCUGGGGGAGAAGUAGAAACCAGUGGUACUGCAAUAAACAAAGCAAGGUGAGAGACCCAGCCCCACCCUUCUGCAUGAUUUCUGUUCUUCUUGCAAGUGGUCUCAUGAGGAAGAUGACAGCAAAUAACUCUUCAAAGCUUUGUGCAUUUUCUCUCUGGCUUGCAGCUAGAAUCAGUCUACACCAGUGCAGGGAAGUUCUCUGUGCAGCAGCAGCACAAACAACACUCCUUGUGCCCUCCAUGCUGUUCCAGAAUGUUCAUUACACCUUCCUUCUAUUGUUCUUUGGGGAUUGUCAUGUUAAUACGUUCAGUUAGACUUGCCCUCCGAUACAGAUUAGAGAGCUCUACUGCACUAGAAGGUCUUUAACCCAGUCUGAGCACUGUCACUUUUUACACUGCGCAACUAAGGUUAGUACUAUAAAUGUCCUUUUAUUUCUAAGGUAUAAAAAAUAUCUUUCAGACUAAAUGUUUUAGAAAUGUCAAAUAGCUAUUCUUUUGUGCUUUUUUUACACUAGCAAGCGUUCAGUCCUGCCUCUGUAGUGUCAGUUACGUUAGGCUGUUACAGAAGUGUGUUGACAAAGCUUCCAGCACCUGAAUUGAGAUAUUUUAAUGCUGUCAUCUGAUUUUUUCCAAUGCACAUUGUGGUGGAUCCAUGGAUUUUAGUGGCGUUUGUACGAGCCUUGUUGAUUUCAGCACUGUAAGAGUUGAAGUUGGUGAUGCUUUGCAGGAAUCAACACAGAGAUUAAGUCAGUGGGUGGCACAAAAAACUUACAUCUUACUUGCUUUAUUCACACUUAUUUGCAGACAAUGAAAUCAAAACAAGCACAGGAGAACCAGUUUCUGAAGGAGAAAAACACUCUCCUGAGUAAGGGCUAACUUUUCAUCAGAUUUUAAAUACCCAACUCUGUAUUUUUUAGCUUUAUAAUUCCUUAAAGCCACUUUUUGAUAAUAUAACUGACCUACAGGCUGUUUCCUUGGAAUAAUUUAAUAUAGCCUUAAUUAUAUCAGCACAAUUCUGAAAUGACUGUCAUUCUUUAAGGAUCAAAAUAACAUGCAAAUGUCUUCUAGUUUUUAACAAUGAGCUAACAGUGAAUAAUGAAGGCAGCAGGAAAAAAGGCAGUUGGGUUCUAUGAAUUCACAAAAAAUCUAACCAUAGAAAAAUGUCCAGUGCAGGAAAACAAGAUCAUUCCCUUCUUCUCUGUCUCUAUACUAUUUAAAAUGUCUGAUAAUGUUAUUUUUUAUUCUUCAUUUACAACUGCUGUUCUAGUAGCUUAGUUUAUGUUGCCCUAAGCAGCUUCCUGAUGCAUUUGUAGUUCUGUCCCCUUGAAUCCUUACCAGAACAAAAUAAGUGUUUGGUUUUCCCCAUACGAGCUGGUUCUCUCUUCUCUUUCCAUUGUGGUGGUUGUGAUGUGCUAUUUCUGUUUUCAUGCAAUGACCAGGGCUGGAUGGAUGCUUUCCAAGUGUGGUUUCACCUGAGCCUUUAAGUAAAGAAGUUCUGUUCCUUUUCUGUAAUGAUACCUCUGUGGGUGCAGCUUUUAAAGGUACUAGCCUUUUCUGUAGCUUUGUUUACUGGUUCUUGUCUGCUUGGUUCUUGUCUAUCACUUCUAAAUUUCUGUUCAUUUCUUGCCUUUUUUUCUUACAAAGUUUCUCUCUCUGGAUUGGCAGGAUCACUUUCUAGUUAAUAUUUUUGUAUUUGUUUGGAAUCAAAUCCCUUCACUUGCUAGGCUAAGCUUUUUACCUACUUUUCUACCUACACCUGCUGUUUUGUGGUUAGCUGCUACAAAAGAACUAUGUUUGCCAGGCUGCCCAGUGCUCCCAACUGGAGCCUUUUAAUGUGCGGCGGCAGCAGCCACAGCCUUGACCAGGUGGGCUUUUGUCAUCUCUUGAAUAUUCUCAGAAUUUAUGUGGGAUAUGAAAGCUUCAUGCUACUGAUGGCAGUCUUGAAUUUGAGGAGCUGGUCACUUAUUGGGGAUUUUUUUGUUUGUUUGUUUUGCUUCAUUUUCUAUCUUGAACACUUUCUACAGGUGAAUAAAAGUGGUAGCUCUUGCAGAAAACUGCUUUGGAAAAAAGGCUGAUUGAAAACUUGUGCACUUCUUAAUAUACUUGAUUGUAUUUAAAUACCUGGUAGGUGCUUUGAGUCCUUGGAAAAUCUUCUGCAAACAAAUCCAGAAGCUUAGAAAUGUGAAGGCUAGGUCUUCAAGAUUGAAUGAUACUCACAAAUUCUAUCUACCUGUCCUACUGCGUGAUUAAGAACAGGUGAAACUGCAGAAAUGGAAGUACCUCGCUGAAGGGAGAGAGGUGUGAAAUCCCUUGGGGAUCGGAAAUGCUGAGCAUGCCUUGCCUGGGCUCACUCCACUCACUGGUAGCAGUGGAGUCUGAGCCCUCCCAGUGAGAACCUGCCUGAACCACAGGCUUCCCCAAGGACUGAAGAAUUGAUUUUUAGCCAGAAGUAGCAUACAGAGCAUUUUGUUUAAGUUUUCUCCUCUGAGAUCUGUCUACGAAGUUGAAUCCUAUGAGCAAAUAAAGACAGGGAGUGGGCUGAGCGAGAGCCUUCGCGUGCUUGUUCUGUUAAUACUUUCUACCUCUUGAUGUUCAUUGCUGAGCUGCUGCAGGCUGAUGCGCCAGUAAGCGGCUUUAGCAGCACGAUGGCUUCUUGUGGGUCAGGCCAAUACGGGUGCAGAAAUACAUGGGCAGACCCAGAGUGGUCCCUGUGUCCUCCUGGGGAUGGAUUAAAUCCUUUGAAAUGAGACUCCAAGAGUAAGUACGUACAUUUUCAGCUAAGUGAAGGAACUGGCAUUUUUCAGGUGGCACCACAUGGACUCACAAAAUGCUUCUACUCAGUCUCUCGUGCUACCUCCUUACUCACAUGAAGUAGCAUAAAAUCCUUUCACAACUAACGUUCUUCAAAUACUGCAACCGCAGGGAGGUAUCUUGGUUUCUAGCUGUGUUAACAUGGUAAGGGGUUAGAAAGGGGGAGAUGCCAGAAUGUGAAAAGCCAGAAUUCUGUAGAUAACCCAAGCAUUUAUCUAGAAAGAAAUGUUACCGAUUGCUACUGUGGUUGUAUGUAAGACUGAAAUGCUGAAAGAGGACUGUAACCCUCCCACUCCGAGUCUGAGAGACACCUGGCAUUGGCUUUCUGACUACUUCUGCAACCUGAACCAAAAAACUGCUGUGGGAAUGUAGACUUACCAUAUAGCUGUGGAAGAAAACUUCAAUCGUGUCACUUCUCUCGGUCUUCAGAGCAGUCAACAUGAUUUUGAUGUAGGUUUUAGAUUAUGUAUAUAUAAAUCUGAUUGAAGUACCAAGAGCAAACCAUAAAUAAAAUGUGGACUUAACUGAAGAAUGG